UUUGCUGUAGACUUAAAAAUCAACCUUUAUAGUAAUAUUUUUUGUGGAACUUGGAAUAAAACUUGAUAACCAUAGAAACAAAGGUGAUAUAAUUAACCCAAAAUUUUUAGAUCCAGUUAACAAAGAAAUUUAAGCCAUGGCUGAUUGCAGUGGAACUGCUUUGCCCAAAUAUCCACAAGGGGUGGAUGUGCUCUUUGGUGUAAACUCGUCAGAGACUCCAACACGUAAUACAGUUAGCAGUGAAAGUUCCGUCCCUUGUAGAAUAUGCAAGCUUAACAAAGGAACUGAUUUAAUAUCUUCUCCAUGUCACUGUAAAGGUACGUUGGGCCGGGUACAUGUUGCAUGUUUGGAAGAAUGGUUGACAUGGUCAGUCCGAGAUUCUUGUGAACUUUGCUCCUUUCCCUUCACUGUCGUAAAGACACCCAAAUACGGAUAUGUGCAAUCCCUUAGGAUGUUCCUUAAUACUACGAGUUUUAGUAAACUCCUACAGCAAUUGCUCUUACUGAUAGUGUUACUGAUUAACGCCUGCUUUAUCAUCUAUAUGUGGCUUAUGAUGAACGAAAAUACAGAUCGGGAGACACCAGAAGUAAGUCAUCCAUUACGCACUCCAUUACGCAGGUUCUUCUGUUUGGGAUUUUUAAGCGUAGGGAUAUUUGAUCACAUUCGCAAGACAUUCUACUUCUACUACCUGUCAUGGUAUCAUUGGAGGAGAUCAUCUGUUAAAGUUAAAUUAAUUGUUGACCUGAAAAAUAAACCUGUUGACCUGUUGAAUUAAAUAAACUUAUAAUAACACUUAA